CUUUGUUUUACUAAAAGGCCCUGUAGAGUUUAGAGAACUCUUAGUCUUUUCGAAUUCGAUUUAUCGCAUUAAAUUAAAAAUUCGUUAACCUAUAUUUGAUCUCAGAGGACCUGCACGAAUGAACUAAUUAAUAAUGACGUGGCUGGGAUCGACAGUCUUGAAUUUCUUUUUCAAACCUACUGUAAACAUUGUGAGAACAAGAUAUCAUGCUGAAAAGACGCGUCUUAUAAGAAGAUACGGAUACGAAGAGAAGCUAUGGAGUGGUGGUCUAUUGCCUCGAACUGGUGCAAGACGUUUACCUAUUCCCGAAUACAGACCGUCAUUUGCUUGGACUGAGCGUAAGGCUCUCUUUGGCCAAAAUGAUUACAUAGAUAUCAUGGGAUCUGGAGAUUUACACCCAGUGAAGACACUCUACACAGUACCCUCAUGGAUUAGAGGAGUCAGUGGAAAUGAAUAUCAAAUUUUGCUAAGGAAAAGGAAGAUGUGGGCGAAUACAGGUAGCCGUCAGACAAGACCAACGAAAUGGAAGGAUAUGGAGAAACGCUUGUCUUUCCUGUACAGGAAGCUCAACAGGAAGACAAAGACUGGUCCCUCACCAGACUGAGUUAUUUGUUGUUAUUUAUUUUGUAGAUAAUAUAGUGUAGUUUAAGAUCCAAUAAAGUGUUUUAAAUUAA